AUGCAAUGUGUUUCUCACUGCGACGGUCGGGAUCCUUCAAAACGUGAAUAUUUCGAACAGCCUGUGUGGCAAACUUUGAAUAUGUUUGUCGGUGAAACUAUGUGUUUUGUCGUUGCUUACGUCCUUUUACGCUGGGAAGUCUCUCAAAAAAAAAAAAGCAAUGAACCCUUAGAAGUCGAAACCACACUUACUAACGAUUCUGAAACAAUCGUUGAAAGCGAACCUGUUAGUCCACCCAUAAAGAUUGACGAUCACUAUCGUGGCCCUAUGGAAGAAUUAUCUGCUCCAAUUGAUUCUAUAUCCGAUCUUGAAUUACCCGUUGAAACAAAUGAUAAUUCAAUAGAAGCGAUGGUUGGUGUUUUCUUUGUUGUAUUUGCACAAUUAUUUACUGCAGCGCAGUUUGUUUUAGAAGAAAAAAUUAUGGAAAAAUAUCGUGUUAAACCAGUUUUGGCUGUAGGGUUAGAAGGAUUAUUUG